CCUUAGAUCUAGCAGCUGGAGUUCUUAUAGCAUUACAUUGUACGGUGUAAAGAGAGAGAGAGAGAGAGAGAGAGAGAGAGAGGGAGAGCUCUCCAGUCCGUUUAGACCAUGAGAAUAUACCGGUCACUCCAAGAAUACGAGGAGUUAGCAGCCGAACCACCUAAUAAAGAUAUCGUCACCAUCAGCCAGAAAACAGUUACCGAGCAGUUAACGGAUCAACAAGUUAUCCGAAAUAUUCUUACUCAUUACGUGUAUUACAUUCUUCUGGGGGCAUUCAUCCUCAUCUUUAUCGGAAUUUACUGUGUUUGCAAGGACAACAAGAAAGGGAAGAAAGGAAAGAAGAAACGCGUCGUCCCGAGGCAAAGAAGACCAAGAAAGAUCAAGACUAAGAGUGACAGAGAAGAUAUUGACAUCGAGUUUCAGAACAUCUUCAGCGACAAGUUCGGACAGAGGGGUAUGGAUAUGUCCAUGUCGGUGUCAUGACUACCAAAAGUUUGAAAAAAAACUGCUAACUCUACGACAAAAAUAAUGACAUGUGGCCUAUCACCUUCAAGUUCUACUCGUCCAGAAGGCAUAAUUAUGAGAGUUAAGAAUCAGAAUAAUUGAGGGAAGAGAAGAAAAAUGAGGAGAGGUGAUGGCCACUGAAUUGCG